CUUCCUCUCAUCCACUCUCGCGCUCUCGAGCCCCGUUCCUCCGUGCGCGCUCCCGCUCAGAGACAGGCACCGAGAGCCCUGGGAGCAGACGAGCGACAGCGGGGGAGAGAGGAAGAUGGAGGUAAGGGUCGGGGAGAGACUUCUGUGCCUGGCGGUGCUGUACAGCGUCUUCUGCGUGGAUUCAGUCCUCGGGAAAUACGUCAAAGGCAUCGUCAACACCAAAGAGGACUGGGUUUUCCUCACUCGCUUCUGCUUUCUCACUGACUUUGGACGUCUGGACUUCCGGUUCCGCUAUCCAAAGUCUCGCUGCUGUCAGAACAUAUUGCUCUACUUUGAUGACAGUUCUCAGUGGCCAGCUGUGUACAAGAGGCCUGAAAAGAACUGCUACCAGAAGGAAGCGGUGCUGAGGCCAGAGAACAACCAGGUCAUCAACCUCACAACACGCUACACCUGGUCAGGCUGUGUGGUGGAGGGAGACGGGAACGAAGAGGUUCUGAGCUGCGUGGGUGGCCGUAGUUUCCGCUCGGUGAGGGAGAGAUGGUGGUACAUCGCUCUCAGCAAGUGUGGGGGGGAUGGCUUGCGGCUGGAGUACGAGAUGAAACUGACCAAUGGCCAGUCUUUCUGGACGCAGCAUUUCUCUGCAGAUGAGUUCGGAAUCCUGGAGACGGACAUCACGUUCCUGGUCAUCUUCUCCAUGGUGUUCCUCCUCUCCUGCUACUUUGCCUACAAUUUAAAGGGAAGACAGCUUCUUCACACAACCUACAAAAUGUUUAUGAUGGCAGCAGGCGUAGAGGUGCUCAGCCUGUUGUUCCAUUGUGUCUACUGGGGCCUGUAUGCUAGAGAUGGAGUCGGCAACGGCAGCCUGAAAUUACUCGGGAAAUUACUGUUCUCCAUCAGUUUCUUGGUGUUCCUUCUGAUGCUCAUAUUGUUGGGCAAAGGUUUCACUGUCACCAGGGCAAGGAUCAGUCACAGCGGGUCAGUUAAACUGAGCAUCUACAUGACAGUCUACACAAUGACCUAUGUCAUCCUCUUCAUCUACGAGGCAGAGUUCUUUGACCCAGGUGAAGUGCUGUAUGCCUACGACAGCCCUGCAGGCUACGGACUGAUGGGCCUGCAGCUGCUGGCCUACGUGUGGUUCUGCUACGCCGUGCUGGUCUCCCUGAAACACUACCCUGAGAAGCAGUCCUUCUACGUCCCUUUCUUUACCACAUACACACUAUGGUUUUUUGCAGUGCCUGUUAUGGCUCUGAUCGCCAACUUUGGGAUUCCUCGUUGGGCCCGGGAGAAGAUUGUCAACGGCAUUCAGCUCGGCAUCCACCUCUACGCUCACAUCGUCUUCCUCGUUAUCACACGACCUUCAGCAGCCAAUAAGAACUUCCCGUAUCAUGUUCGGACAUCCCAGAUUGGGAUCCUGCUGUCCAGUCCAAAAGGAGGUGAGGGGGCGGAGAGUUUCCCCCAUCAUGCCUAUGGAAAUAGCUCCUUCCUGGGAGACUCUCAACCCAACUUUACUGAACUCUUCUCCAUCCAAUCAGACCCGGUGAAGACGGUGGAAGAGACAGUGGCCCGUAAAGGACCCGAGGUACCGAGGAACAGCGAGCAGAAGAUCAUCACCACUGCUGCUGACUUGAUGUCAAUAUUACCCCCACCUCCACCUCCGAUACCCCCACGCCCAGCCGCGCGCUCGCCCCCACUCCCGCCCCGGCUCCCUUCCUUUACCGAGUAUUUCAGCAUGCAGAGUGGUGGAGGAGGAGGGUUCGGCACGAAGGCAUGAGAUGGAAAGAAAGACGGGACAGAGGGCAGGACAGAGGGAGAGACUGGAAGGCACGGAGGGAACGGACAGAAUGACAGUUCAAAGUAAAGGAAGAGUCAGAGUGGAAAUCCAAGUGUUACUGUUUAAAGACAAAAGGGGGGGAAAGUUUGGAUGGACGAAGAGGAUAAACCAUUAGAAAAGUGAAUCCCUAAACGGUCCCAGUUCACCUGUGAAUGGAAAUAACCCGAAUGGAGGAGUGAGGGGAAAAUGGCUGUGAGAUAGGAGUGCUGAGCUUGUUAAAGAAUAAAGAAGCAAUAAAUAUUUGAUGUUGACCCGUAGAAGGCACAGAGGGAGAAAGAUGACAAAGUGGAUGUAGCCAGAGCAAUAGAAUGAUAGCUGUGCACGAUGCGGAAAUGAACAAAAUUCUUGAAAUACUUUUAUUCAAAAAUUCAUGAGGCAUUGAUGGUCUGCCUGGAAGAGUUUGUAAAUAGCUAAAACUGAAGGGAGCUAAAACUCUAUAUAGUUUUAUUUUAAAAAAAGGAAAUUUGUUUUCAUGUUUUUUUUUUUUUUCCCCACACAUCAUUACAUUCCAGUUGGUGCUGUGACCAUAAAAAGAAUCUCAUACCAUUACAUUUAUCUAAUUAAUGUAAAAAAAAUAAAAAAAAUAAUUUUUAUGUUUGACACAUUUUGAUAAAGCAUAGAUAUUUACUCUAUAUGGAGUUUGUUGAUUUAAUUUAUAUUCUUAUAUGCCUUCAUUGCAGCUGGUUAUUCUGGAUUGAUAUGCUGAUGUGUAAAUGUAAAAUGUCACGUUUACUGUGGGCACUUCUAGGUACUCGUAAAACGCGCAUGUUUGUAUUGUAUUUCCCGUCCAAAAAGCUGAUAUGUACUCCACGUGACCAUACAAUAUUCGCUUAUUGUGUGUAUUGAAAUCUAUACUUUUGUAAAUACAUACAAUAGGCUUUAGUAUAUUUUUGACUGGAUAAAUUCUGUUAAUUGUUACUCCAAUCAAAACCCUCUCACGCUGUCUGAAACACAAUAUAAAACCAAUGUUAUACUUUGUCGGUUUCCGUUGACGUUGACUUUGACUUGCAGAAUAUGCCUGCUGAAAAAAUGUCAUUUCUGUGUAUGUAGACGUUGGUGAAUGUACUGAUGCAAUACAGCACAAGGACAGGGGUGAUUUUCAAGUUACUGGAAUGCUGCAGUACGCAUUUUGUCGAGUUCUCUUUUCAACUACAACAUAUCCAUGAUCUGAGAGCAGGACGCUGCCUUUUUCAAAAUACAAGUAACUUCAUCCUCACCCCUGUCUAGAACCUGAAACAUGAAUAUUUGUUGACUUUAUCUCACUUUAAUGUUUAAACCGUGUGAAAAGCUGAGCAAAUAUUACUAGUUUCAUCACCCCUAACAUUGAGCUAUGACAAAAAAAAAGCCUUGUAGAUGAACUGUGAAAACGGCAACACAACUGUACAUUUUGUCUGUCCUGCAUGGAGCACUUUAAUGUUCCUGGUCUUAGUCUGUUUAUUCGUGAUGUUGUCACCUUAUUAGACUGCUUUGAAACCUGUAUUCACACCACAUUGAGUAGUAUUCCAGAUGCAUACACCUGUAAAUACAGUCUGAAAAUGUCAUCCGACUGUCCGGGAUAUUUUAGGGAACGUAUCAUGCUUAGUCGACGUAAGUUAACAUUGAAUUACUGAAGUUGAUAAGUCAUGUAAGAGCGUCAUUGAAACUGAGUUUACCACCAGCUUCCUGCCAUUCAGAAACUGAAAGGACACUAACAAAUUCAGUUUUAUCUUGACCAUUUAUUUCCUAUUCAUAAAAAUGGUGGUACUCAGUUAAUAGUCCACAGAUUUAUCAAUGGCAAUCUUGCUGUAAUGGAGUACUUUAGGAUGUUAGGACUGUGGUGUGUCACUUGUAAGAGUGUAGUCAGAGGUGUAAUUUAGUCUGUGAAACAGAAUGAUACUUGAAUUAGAGUACUAGUUGUUAUUUCUGAUUAUGUGUGGUUUAUAUUCGGCAUGUCUGCCAUUUUGUCUGCCGUUGCCUAUUGUUAUGGUUGUCAUGACUUGACUGAAUAGACACUGGGCGACUUGACUAACAGACAGGCCUACUGAUACUGUAUCACUGCUUCAACCUUGUGUAUAUUGACAUACAAUUACAGGACUGGGACACACUUAAGGGGAGGGAACUUGAAGAAAAAGAGAUUAUGUAUGCAUGACAGAAAACAGCACAGCUUUUAGGCUACUCAGAGCGAUCUGGUUAAGAGCACAUCACUGAAGCACUGUUCAAAUGCAUUUUAAUGGAGUCAAAUGACAAUUCUAAAUACGCUGUACAUAUACACUUUUUGCCCAAAUAAUAAAAAAAAUAUGGUUUUAUUAGA